GCAUUACCAACCUAGACAACAUACUUGUCAAACGCCGAAAAUAUUGCAAUUUUUCCUCGGAAAAACUAAAAAAGCAGUAAAAAUAUCAAAUUUUCGGCUCAUGGAGGCGAAGUUCGAGCCCAAAACUGUGAUAAACUUACUGUGAAUAAAUAAAAUUAGAAAUAAGGAUGAGUGCUCAACCUAGUCCAGCAAAUCCAGCGGUUGAGAGAGACAAGGUGUAUCAAUGGAUAUUGGAACUGAGUAACCCGGAGACCAGGGAGAAUGCUUUGUUGGAGCUAAGUAAGAAACGAGAAACUGUCCCGGAUUUGGCACCCAUGCUGUGGAAUAGCUUUGGGACUACGGCGGCUCUACUUCAAGAAAUAAUCAACAUCUACCCAGCAAUUAACCCUGCUACGUUGACAGCCCACCAAUCAAACAGAGUAUGUAAUGCCUUGGCACUUUUGCAGUGUGUUGCCUCUCACCCAGAAACAAGAUCUCAGUUCUUAUUGGCUCACGUACCUUUAUUUUUGUAUCCUUUUCUUCACACAGUUUCAAAAACUAGACCCUUUGAGUAUUUGAGGUUAACUAGUUUGGGAGUAAUUGGUGCUUUGGUAAAAACUGAUGAACAAGAAGUGAUAAACUUUUUGUUGACCACGGAAAUAAUUCCACUAUGCCUGAGAAUUAUGGAGUCUGGCUCGGAGUUAAGCAAAACUGUUGCAACAUUUAUUUUACAGAAGAUAUUGCUAGAUGAUAGUGGUUUGUCUUAUAUUUGUCAGACUUACGAUCGUUUCAGCCAUGUGGCCAUGAUUCUGGGCAAAAUGGUUAUUUCCCUUGCUAAAGAACCAUCAGCCAGAUUACUUAAGCAUGUGGUACGGUGUUAUUUACGUUUAUCGGACAAUUCAAGGGCUAGAGAGGCUUUAAGGCAAUGUUUACCAGACCAGUUGCGGGACAAUACUUUCAGUGUUUGUUUGCAAGAAGACAAGUCGACUAAGCAUUGGUUAUCACAGCUCUUGAAAAAUUUGGAGACAGCCGCUGGUGAUCCUAGACAAGUUGGCAUGUCACCUUUAACAUCUCAAUAAAAAAUAAUAAUCACGUAAUAGGUAAAAUGGACCACUUGCCUUUUAAUUUUUAAAAAGUAUUUUACUUAAAUUUCCUGUUUCCCCUUAUAAUCUCAAAUAUUUCAGUAUUUAAAU